GUUAGAUGCAUUUAUUUUUUAUUUUACCUUGAAUCAUCUUGUGGCCCUACAGAUUUAUCUUGGGACCCCCGCUUGGCUCCCAAACCCCAGGUUGGGUACCAGUGGUCUACUCUUGCAGAAUGGUCAGGCCAGGCUGUCCAGUCAUUCUGCUCCACCUCUUCAGCAUCUUUGUGCAGACGGGAGAUAGUACUCAGGACAUCCUGUAUCCAUAUGGACCCAGCCAUAGGGAUCUAGAGACUCCAAAGAUGGAUGAUGGGAGUUCUACUGAAAUUAUAUUGCUCAUUCAAUUCAUUUUCUUCAAUGUCCCCUACCGUUCCAUCUAUGUGAACAACAAUGGUGUGAUCUCCUUUAACGUGCAGGUUAGCCAGUUCACACCAGAGGCUUUCCCCCUGAGUGACAGCAGAUCAUUCAUCGCUCCACUUUGGGCAGAUGUGCACAACGGCAUCCGCGGAGAUGUGUUCUACCGAGAGACCACCGAACCUGAAAUACUGGAAAGGGCAACACAAGAUGUCCGGAAGUACUUCAAAAACAUGCCCACCUUCACAGCCACCUGGGUCUUUAUUACAACAUGGCACCAAGUCACCUUUUAUGGAGGAAGUCAGACAACCCCGGUGAACACAUUCCAAGCUGUACUAAUCUCAGACGGCGCGGCAUCCUUUAGUAUGUUCAACUACGGAGACAUCACAUGGAGCACAGGAACAGCCAGUGGUGGAGAUCCUUUAACAGGACUGGGUGGGACGACAGCUCAGUCAGGUUUUAAUGGUGGAGACAUUGGGCACUUCUUCAACCUGCCAGGAUCACGCUCAAAUGAUGUGGUGAACAUUGAACAGACAACCAAUGUAAAUACCCCUGGGCGCUGGUUUUUCCGUGUAGACACUGAACUGAUAGAUCCUGCCAAUGGCUGCAGCUACAAUGGUCGUUUUUACAGACGAGGGGAAAUCUUCUGGCUGUCUGACCAGUGUUCACAGCGAUGCCGCUGCCUUGACAUUGACAACAAGGUGCAGUGCAAAGAGGCUCCGUGCGGGCAGCUGGAGACCUGUGAGCAGCAGGAAGGGGCCUUUUACUGCCAGCCAACCCGCACCAGCACUUGUGUGGUAUUUGGCGACCCUCAUUACCACACCUUCGAUGGCUUCCUCUAUCACUUCCAGGGAACCUGCUCCUACCUGCUGGCGCGGCCCUGCUGGGAGGUGGAAGGGCUGCCUUUUUUCAGCGUGGAGGCCAAAAAUGAGAACCGUGGGGUCGCCUCUGUUUCCUGGCUUCGAGAUGUCACAGUGGAGGUGUACGGUCACAGAGUCAUGUUACCCAAAGGCAGUUUUGGAACGGUCCAGGUGGACGGCUUGAUGAAGACAUUACCGGUCCAACUCCAGCUUGGUGCUGUCCGAGUUUACCAGUCUGGGGUUGCCAUUGCUUUAGAAACAGACUUUGGACUCUUGGUAACCUAUGACGGCCAACACUACGCAUCCAUCUCCCUACCCAGCUCCUACUUCAACAACACUUGUGGCCUUUGUGGUAACUAUAACGACGACCCUGCUGAUGAUCCUGUGCUUCCUGACGGCUCACUGGCCGAAAGCGUAGUGGAGUUAGGGGGCAGCUGGCGAGCCGAAGACACAGACUGGAGGUGUACAGAUGGCUGCGCCCAGAACUGCAGCAUCUGUGACCCUCUUGUAGAAGCCUUCUACUUUCGCUCAGACUACUGUGGGCUCAUCAACAAAACCGAUGGACCUUUUAGGGACUGCAGAGCUGUAGUGGACCCCACAGCCUUUGUGUAUAGCUGUGUUUAUGACAUGUGCAGCAACAGGGAUAAUAUCACCACUCUCUGCCAGGCCAUCCAGGCCUAUGCUCUGGCCUGUCAGGCCCUCGGUGUCACAAUACGAUCCUGGAGAUCUCGCAGCUUCUGCGCUUUUUCAUGUCCGGAGUUCAGCAAUUACCAAGUGUGCACAAGUGCCUGCCCAGCCUCCUGUUCAGACCUUACCUCUCCCCUGUAUUGUGCUCACCCUUGCACUGAGGGCUGCCAGUGUGACCAAGGCUAUGUUCUUAGCGGCAGCCGUUGUGUUAAGCUUGAAGACUGUGGCUGUGAGCAUAACGGCCUCUAUUACCCCCGUAAUAACACUUUCUGGGCAGGCCCCAGCGGUGAAGAAGGUGAAUGUACCCUCCGCUGCACCUGCGGUUCUGCUGGGGAAGUUUCCUGCUUCAACGAGUCCUGCAAGGAGGGGGAGGUGUGUGUGGCUGAGGUGGGCUUGCUGGGUUGUUACCCUCGGAGGGAAGGUGUGUGUGCAGUCUCCCAAAACUCGGUGACGACCUCCUUUGAUGGCACCUUCCUGCUGUUCCCAGAUGACAGCUCCUACUACCUCCUGAAGCUGUGUGGCGCAGUGCCAGCUAAUGGCUCAAUGGUGGAGGUGAAGAUGGGCAGGCGGCUGGUGAACAAAGGCCCCACUUGGAAAAGACCAGUGGUGGUUACAGUAGCUAACAUGGAAGCUCAGAUGGGAGGGAUAGAUUUUGAUACAGUAAAGGUGAAUGGUGACCGAGUGGCGCUCCCAUAUGUCCAUCCAAUGGAGAAAAUGCUGAUCUACAGAGCACCAGGCAAUGCUACGGUGGUGGAGUCCCGCGGUCUGCUUCGUGUCCAGUACUCUCACCAGGGAUUCGUCAACAUCUCCCUCUCCACCCUCUUCUACAAUGUUACUUGUGGUCUAUGUGGCGUCUUCAAUAGCAAUACCACUGAUGACCUUCGCCUUCCAAACGGACGCCUGGCUGAGUCUACUGAACAGUUCACAGAGGGCUGGCGGUCUAUUGCUGAUGACCUUACCUGCAAUGGUGACUGCGAUGACCUGUAUCGAAUGUGCACAGACUUACGUCUCUACCAGAGUCCUUGGAUGUGUGGCACCAUCAAUGAUCCGGGCAAUAGUUCAUUCCUUGCAUGUCAUGCAGUGGUGAACCCCUCACCGUUCUUCAGGAACUGCUUGUAUAACAUGUGUGUAAAGGAAGGGAAUCGUUCAGCCCUGUGUUCUUCACUGCAAGCCUAUGCCACGGCCUGUCAGGAUGCCCAAGUAGGGCUUGCUUCUUGGAGGAGUGUCACCAACUGCCCUAUUCCAUGUCCUCAGAACAGUCAUUUUGAUGAGUGCACCAGUGCCUGUCCUCUGACCUGUGCCAACUUAGAUGAACCUGAAGAGCCAUGCCCUCUGCCGUGCCAGGAGGGGUGUCAGUGUGAGGAAGGCUUUGCGCUUCGCGAUGGCCUAUGUGUGGCACGCAGUGAUUGUGGCUGCAUGAGCCACGGACGCCAGCUUGCCACUAAUCAGACUUUCUGGACAGAUUGGGAGUGCCAGGAGCGCUGCUACUGCAAUGGCUCUGACAACAGUGUAUACUGUCAGCUCGCACCCUGUCACACUGAGGAGUACUGCCAGGAGAAUGACGGCCUGUAUUUCUGCCAGCCGCGCACUGAGGCCCUGUGUGUGGCUGCUGGUUAUGGACAUUUUCUGCCAUUUGGUGGUGUACCGUUUGAGCUGCAGAGCUCUUGUUCUCUUAGGAUGGCCACCACAAGCUGUGGCAGAGAGAACAGGGACCCCACAACCAUCAGUGGAACUUUCCCUCAAUUUAAAUUGGCAGCUCGUAAUGAGGAAAGGGACACAGGCCAAGCAAUUUGGGUGAGGGGCUUUGUUCUGGAGGUCUACGAGUACGAGAUUGAAGUGUCUCGAAGCUACAAAAACACUGUCACAGUGAAUAAGGAGCGUUUGUACCCUCCACUGAAGCUGGGCCCCGGGAAGGUCAACAUCUUCACCUGGGGCAUGCAGCUCAUUCUGGAGACAGAUUUUGGCCUGAAGGUGGCCUUUGACUGGAACACUCUCCUCUUGUUGACGUUGCCUCGCAAUCUCUACAACAGUUCUUGCGGCCUCUGCCACGGCAUGCCCUUAUCCCCACCCACCCUUACCACCACUGACUGGGGCAUGGCCUGGGCAGAGAGGGACACCUUCUGCCAGGUGGGCUGUGGAGACUCCUGCCCACGUUGUGGCUUGGGAGAGACCAGCGAUCUAAAUGACACCCCUCUCAUGGUAACCGAUGCCAAUAUGAACACAGACACGGACAAUGGGGCAAAUGAAGUUGACACAGGCAUACGUUUCCACAUUGGAAAUGGACUGUAUGUGUUUGUGGAGCCAGAGGCAGUAAGGCUGUGCGGGCUAAUUGUGGAUCGAGGAGGUUCAUUUGCACGUUGUCAUAGCAAGGUGGCGCCAGCAUUCUUUUAUCAAAGCUGUCUGCAGGACACCUGUUUGGACCAGGGAUCUCAGGAUACAGUCUGUAACUGGCUGCAGAUAUAUGCUGGCACCUGUCAGACCCAAGGUGUGCCUGUUACCGGCUGGAGGAGCGACACACCAUGUGUCCAGAGCUGUCCACCUAACAGCCAUUACUCCAGUUGUGUGUCGGUUUGCCCGCCCCAGUGCGCCCCAGCCCGCGGCCAGAGGGACUGCAGCCAGGACUGUGUGGAGGGCUGUCAGUGUGACCAGGGCUACGUGCUCAACGGCAAGAGCUGCAUCCUGCCUCAGAACUGUGGCUGCUACUCUGACGGCAAGUACUAUGAGCCCAAGCAGCUGUUUUGGAACAGUGACUGUACCAAACGCUGCCAGUGCAUUGGACGAAACCUGAUCCAGUGCGACCCGAGGCGCUGUAUAGCAGAGGAAGAGUGCACCCUGCGGUACGGAGUGCGGGGCUGCUUUGCGCGGCGUUCCCAGCACUGCGUGGCGUCUGGCGGUGGGGUUUUCAGGACCUUUGACGGGGCGUCACUGCGGCUCCCGGCCUCCUGCUCCUUCGUUCUGUCCACAAACUGUCACAAGCUGCCUGACCUCUCCUUCCAGCUCAUCGCUAACUUUGAUAAAUGGAGCACACCCAACCUCACCACCAUCUCCCAUGUCUACCUUUACAUCAAUGAGGAGAACAUACUCAUCUCUGGCAGCACUGUCAAGGUUAACGGUACGCCAGUGUCGGUACCGUUUCUGACUGGGCUGAUGACACGUCUGUCCACAUCCGAAGGUUUCAUUGUCAUCGACACAGCUCAGGACAUCCAGAUCCGAUACAACCGUUUCAACACCCUUAGCAUCACAAUGGGUCAGCGGCUGCAGAACAAGGUGUGUGGUCUCUGUGGGAAUUUCAACGGAGACCCCAGUGAUGACUACAUCACUUCCAGGGGCAAGCCUGCUGUCAGCGCCCUGGAGCUGGCCCAGAGCUGGAAGACCAACGGUAUGCAGAACAGUUGUGAUGAAACCCAGUUUGUGGCUCUGGCUCAGUCCUGCGACAACACGGCGGUGCUGGCGCUGCAAAGUGAAGAUGCGUGUCAGAAGCUCACCCAGCUGAAGGGCUUCUUCCAGCCGUGCCAUGGCCUGCUGGAUCCCCGGCCCUUCUACCAGUCCUGCUAUCUGGACGGCUGCUACAAUCACCGCAAGGCUCAGGUCUGCGGCUCGCUGGCAGCCUACGCAGAGGCCUGCCGCUCCAUGGGCACCCUUACCACCAAGUGGAUCACCCAAGAGAACUGCUCAGAAUGGAUCUACGACCCCUGUGCAGGAGAGAUCUGCACAAACUUCACCUGUGAGCUGGAGAACGGAGGCGACUUAUGUGGCUGUCCGGAGUUGCCCACCAGCACUGGAGGUGAUGAUGACAUCAUCCAGGCGGAGGUGAACUGCAAGCAUGCUCAGAUGGAGGUCUCCAUUUCCAAGUGUAAGCUCUUCCAGCUGGGCUUUGAACGAGAGGACGUCAGGGUCAACGACGAGCACUGCGCCGGCAUCGAGGGAGAGGACCGUAUCUCCUUUCGCAUCAACAACACAAAGGGUCACUGUGGCUCCAUCGUACAGUCAAACAGCACACACAUCAUGUAUAAAAACACUGUGUGGAUAGAGAGUGUGAACAACACCGGGAACAUCAUCACCAGAGACAAGACCAUCAACGUGGAGUUUUCCUGCGCCUACGAACUGGACCUGAAGAUCUCCCUGGAGACUGUCCUCAAGCCCAUGCUCAGUGUGAUAAACCUCACCUUACCGACCCAGGAAGGAAACUUCAUCACCAAGAUGGCUCUAUAUAAGAACUCCUCAUACAGGAACCCUUACAGGGAGGGGGAGGUGGUGCUGAGUACGAGAGACAUACUCUUCGUGGGUGUCUUUGUGGAAGGGGCAGAUGAAAACCAGCUCAUCCUCAUAGUAAACAUGUGCUGGGCCACGCCGUCCCGCUACAGCAAUGACCGACUCCGCUAUAUCAUCAUAGAGAGAGGGUGUCCAAACAUUAAAGACAACACCAUCGGCAUGGCAGAGAACGGUGUCUCACUCACCUGUCGCUUCCACGUUACCGUCUUCAAGUUCAUCGGAGACUACGAGGAGGUCCACCUCCACUGUGACGUCACUCUGUGCGACUCGGAAACAAACGCCUGCAAAGUGAACUGUCCACACAAGAGAAGAAUGUACUCGGAGGAGAGUGACCAUAAAGAGCACAUACUGACUGUGGGACCCAUUAGAAGGAGAGAAUUAGACUGGUGUGAGGAGGAAAACGGAGGCUGUGAGCAGAUCUGCACCAGUAAGAUGGCCGGACCGGUCUGCAGCUGUGUGACUGGGAUGCUGCAAAGAGAUGGGAAAAGCUGCCGGACUGCGAGCCCGAGCUGUAACCUCACACCUGCGGUGUCUCUGCUGAGCGUCAGCACUGUGAUCUCCAUGUUCCCGGCUCAUAUUCACACUCUCCUCUCCUAACACCCUGCCAACCAAGGGACACAACAAAUAAAAAAGAACAAAACACAGAAAAGACUUGAAGAUGCACAAAGUUCAUCAGCGUUGAUUAGCCAGUAGAUCAGCAGUGUGCUCCAGUCCGUAAAUCUAGACAGAAUACACUGGGCAUUCAGAAAUGUCCGAGGCCACGUAAUCUAAAUGCAACUGAAGGUAACUACACAAAAAAGUAAGCCAGCUUUCCAGCCAUAUAGACAAGUUUCACCCCAACUUCCCUAACUUUGUUAUUCUCCACCUCCACCAAAUCCAUAAUAUAUCAGGACACAUUGUUUAUUAUUAUGUACUUAAAGCCACUAUGUGUAGAUUUUUUUUUAAGGUGAUUAUAACAUAUUUCAAAUUAUUCUGAUGGCUUUUGUUUAAAGAAAAAUGAAUGCAUUACUGUCUGCCACAAUGUGUGUUUUAUACUACCACCAGAUGGCGCCAAGGUUUGACAUGUUCUUAUGCUAUAUUGUACAUUGCACUCAGAGAGCGCAGAUCUCUGCCAAUCACAGUGCCCUAUCUCAAUAUUAAUGCAGUGGAAAUGUUCCCAGUCAGAAACACAGUUCUUUUCUCAUUAAUCCAACACCACAUGAAUGCAGCACAAACCUCCUAUCUUGCAAAGUAAAAAAAAAAGACAUUACACAGUAAUGUGUUAAUCUUCCCUGUUACUUGGAUCUGCUCCCAAAUGUAAUGGGUUCUUCCUUCGCCCAUGCUACACCCUUCCACCAAGUUUCACAAAAGUCUGGUCAGUAGUUUUUCUGAAAUCUUGCAGACGGACAAACAAUCAAACAAAAAAAACUGACAAACUCAAGUGAAAACAUAGCCUAACCUCCAUGGCGGAGGUAUGGAGUGGGAGUGAACCAAAGACAGUGGUGUUGAAGGAAAAACAUCUGAUGUCCCGACCUCCACACCUUUACUUUACAAUGCGAUGAACACAUUCUGCAUUGGAACUGAAAGUAAAUCACUAAAUAGUUACAGAUACUAAAUAGUUGCGUGAUGGACAUAAUGUCUAGGAGUCAGAGUAGCAUCAUCUGGAUACUGACAUUUGCAAUAACACCUGAUAUUAAUAAAGAUUCUCGUCAUUUUGUGUUCUGCCCACACUGUGAUUGGUUCUCAAAACACUAAAAUAAGGUCAGCUAUGGGGGACUUGUCAGAAAACAUCUGUGACCGUGAGGGUCUAGCUCUCCACAGCCACAAUUAAUCAAGUCCACAAGAAGCCUCAAGGUGAAUAUCUGGAGACUUCCAGUUAGAGCAGCUGUAUGAAACAAUUAGUUGUUGAAAUGAUUACUAGAUUAACAGAAAUGGUAACUAAUUAAUCAAUUUAUGUAAUUCUUUAACCAAGAAGACCAAACAUUGUCUAGUUCCAGCUUGUCCCAGCUUCAGUUUUGAUCAUUUUCUGCCUCAAGAAAAUAAUUAUCUGUUAAAUCGAUAAAGUAAACAAUGAUCACACCCAGUACUAAAAGCACCAGGACUGCACCUAUCCUGCAUAAAUUAUCAUUGUUAAUAGCGGUAAGAACAGUCAAAAAUAUCAGUUAACCUACAUGGGAACAAGUUUCCACAAACAAGCACAUUGUAUCUGCUCACGGCCCAGCUCCCUAACAGAGACGAUAGAGUUUGUAUCUGUAACGAUUCACUCUGCCAGAAUAUGUUUUUCUAAUCCAGAUAAUACCCAAAUACAUGUUAAUACCAGGUGUACAUGGGCUCUGAUAGUGGAAUAAAAGUCUAUUGGACAGUGGACCUACUGGCUAGCGUUAACCAGAGCACAGCUGAUAUAUUAACUUCCCGUUGGAUGUCCAGACCAACUAAGUGACAGUGUUUAACAUUUUAAAUCAACAAAAUCUACAUCAGCUUGUGGCAGUAAAGAGGCUACGGAUCAGGUAAUGAGACUACGUGGAUGUCAAGGUGGAGUUUUUUGAGUGAAGUGUGUGAGGAGAGCACCUUAACAGGAGUAUUUUUAACUCAAAUGUUAAAUGAUGUCAUACAGUAGAUUAGUGCCCAGGUUGUGUUGCGGCUGUAAGAAAUGCAAUUAGUUGUUCCAUUAAAAUAUGUAAUUGUUUUUAUCAUUUCCAUCUUAAUCAGUUAUAUUGUUGUAACGAUCCUGCCAAGAAAUAUUGACUGUUGGCUCUGACGUAUUGAUUCUGAACAACAUUUUGCCUUUUAGGGUAGACAUGGGAAGACAUAUUGUAAAGCUGUCAAUAGAGUAAGGUUCUCAAAGUAUAAUCCCUGGUCAGUGUUUUCUAUUUGGCACCUUAUGGUUGUUUAAUGUCAAUAUAUGUCACCACACAUCGUGUGUAACCCUUCAAUGUUUCUCACUGAAGCCAACUCAAAUUCUCAGUUUUGGAUUAGUUAUAGAGGAAGUAGCAGUUUUCCAUAGGUCGGCCUGUUUUGCUACCUUCUAUGUACAAAUGUACAGUCCUUGUCUGUCAGUUUGGUGGUUUAUGCCAUGACUUCUUUUUUUUAAAUAAUCCGUAUCUUUUUUAUGUUCAAAAACAUUUCCAAAAUAUGUUUUAGUUUUGAGAGCAGAGACACCAAACUUUUAAUAAAUUAAGUUCUCAAAGUCA